CUUGUAGAAAACAUCCUAACCAAUAUUGAAGAAGCUGAUAGCUCUCUAUACGCACAAAGUAUACCGUAACAUGAUGCGACCAAAGCUAUACUCGUCUCAAGCCUGUCGAGCUUGCCGACGCCUGAAGAGAAAGUGCACGAGAGAGGUCCCUAAAUGUUCUUUGUGCCAUCGUCUAGGCAAGGCUUGCGAGUACGCCGAGCCUAUAGCAGCAGAAGCAGCCAGCCGUAUUGAGCAGACUCUCCACGUUGGCACAACUUCUCCAUCCGGGAUACUCUUGAACAAUAAUCUUGCUGCGUCCUUUCCUAGGCCCGCGCAAGAAUUUCCUUUGGCCUUUUUCUUGGACUCUGAGGAUUUAGCUCCACAGGGAGUCAAUUCUUUCUCAUGGAGUCGCCAUCUAGACAUUAAUGAGCUUGUAACCGAGCAUCUUGACGAUGAUAGAGCCGCUUUGUGCGAAGAAUAUCUCUCGACGGUGCAUGAAUGGGUGCCAAUGAUUAGCCGGAAACGUCUGUUCAACGAGCUGAAUAGCGGCUCGGGUGACGCGGAUGGCUGUCUCCCGAUCUUGCUGCUUUGCAUGAAAGCAUUCACCACAAGAGACGUUAAAUGUGCCAGAGAUUCUCCUUCGUAUUUGCUAGCUAGGUCGCUUUGUUCAGAAGCAGAGUCGAUGGGAUUUUUGUCUUUGAGAUUAGUCCAGUCUCUCGUUCUCUUAGCGGCCUAUGAGUUGUCUCAUGCUAUUUACCCUUGUGCGUACUCAACUCUUGGUCGAGCAUCAAGAUUGGGUCUUCUGCUAGGAUUGCACGAUAGAAAGAACAACAAGCUUUUUAAAGGUGCCGAAACCUGGACGCUUCGGGAAGAACAGCGCCGAACGUGGUGGGUGAUAUACUUGCUAGACAGACUCAUGAACAUUGAAACUAAUCUACCAAUCACGGUCCCUGAACCUGCCCAAGAUGAGCUGUUGCCGAUAAAUGAUGAUGAUUGGGAUGAAGGGAAGAUAGUCCCAAGCGAACCCUUAUUCACCACAUCAUUCAGCAGCUCAACAUCUGUUGGAUCCUUUGCCAAGAUGUGUCAAGCUUCACAUAUGCUCAGUAAAGUCAUGCGUCAUAGAGCAAGUAAAAAGGCUUUGCAAGAAGUUGAGAAUCUCCUUCCGGAAGCACAAGCGCUCCAUUCGGCACUAUCAGCGCUGCAUAGCUCUAUCGAAGGACACGUUUCUGGAGGGAUCUUGCGCAAGUCCGCCAUAAUUGCACUCUCUCUGUGCAUCUCUGCGCGGCUUCUCCUCUACAAUCUUUACGCAUGCAAUGAGCCGGGAGCUUUUGUGGAGCAGAGCAGGAUACCCAUGGAGACGGAGAUGCAGAGAGCCAGUCUGGAUGGAAUCAUAUCCAUCUCCUCCACUAUUGUACCGGCGAUUGCGCGCGCGAAUAUCGAGUGCCCUCUCAUAGCACAAUGCUUAUACCACUCAGCCACAGAGUGCGCCUGGUUUAUCCGAGAAGACCACGAGCCACAAAUGUACAACGCAUUGGAAGACAUCGUACGAGACUUGAAGCUGAUUGGUGAUAAUUGGAACCUUGCAACAGAAUAUCUGGCGUUACUCCAGCAAGCUGGCAUUCUCAGCCUGACUAGUUCUGAUACAGCAUCAAACACACUAACACCAUCAUCUGGAUGA